CCAAUCACAGCUGCGCUUAUGUGCAAUGGGUGGUACCAACAUGGCGGCUCUCUGAGUUUCCGAAGAGAAAUUGAGGUGUAAAUAAACUCUUCGUGCACAAUUUGCACAACUUAUCAGCAUAUUUCUCUAAAUUAAUUUAUGAGCGAAUACUCUGAAGCCAAAAGAUGUCAGCCGACGGCAACAAAAAACAGUUCUGGAAGAGAAACACAGCCAAGGUUCCUGGGAAUAUCCAGCAUGUUUAUGGAGCCCAACAUCCUCCCUUUGACCCUCUCCUACAUGCCAAUCUGAUAAAAGCAGGAAACAAGCCUCCGCCUUCCACCACGCCAGGAAAACCAAAGAAAGCCACCACCUUCCAAGAGUUCGAGAGCAUCACCAGUGACGCCUGGGAUGUGGGAGAUGAUGAUGAUGAACUUCUCGCCAUGGCAGCCCAAAAUCUCAACAUCGAGGUUGUCAUGGAGACAGCCAAUAAGGUGAUAGAAAACCACAGCAAGCUGCAGGAAAGAAGACAGCAGCAGAUUGAUAGCAUGACUGAGCCUGAUGGGAAAGACGGGGAGGAAGCGCACGAGGAAGAGCCGGAAGAAGAAGAAGAAGAGGAGGAGGAGAGAGAGGAGGGCGCAGAGACGACAACAGAUCUGUCUUUCGGUUCAGAGGCUCUUCCAAUCAGUGACAACAGACUGGUGAAGUCACACAGUGAAGCUCCUGUCGGCUCGCCUAAAGAAGUGGGCGUUGAACAGGCAUCACUACACAGACAGCAGUCACUCCCGCACAGACCCACGAUUCCACUGGUGGCCCGCAUGGCAGAUCAGAACACAUCCGGGACUCCCGCCAUGACCGAGAGAGAGGCGUCGAGACUCGACAAGUUCAGACAGGUUCUGGCCGGCCCUAAUACUGAUCUGGAUGAGCUUCGGAAGUUGAGCUGGUCUGGGAUUCCGCGGCAGGUGCGCCCGAUCACAUGGAAGCUCCUCUCAGGGUACCUGCCUGCCAAUGCAGAGCGGAGGGAAAGCACUUUGCAGAGGAAGCGGCAGGAAUACUUCGGCUUUAUCGAGCAGUACUAUGACUCCCGCAACGACGAAAACCAUCAGGACACAUACAGACAGAUUCACAUUGACAUACCGAGAACUAAUCCUCUUAUACCUCUCUUUCAACAAGCUUCUGUGCAAGAGAUCUUCGAGCGAAUUUUGUUCAUCUGGGCAAUACGACAUCCAGCAAGUGGUUACGUUCAGGGCAUCAAUGACCUUGUCACACCCUUCUUUGUGGUUUAUGUUUUCGAGUAUAUUGAGGAAGAGGUGGAAAAUUUCAAUGUUUCCAGCUUACAGGAAGAGGUGUUGCGGAACAUCGAGGCUGACAGCUUCUGGUGCAUGAGCAAGCUCCUGGACGGGAUUCAGAGAUGGUACAUCGCCACAUGCAGCAGUAUGAGGUGGAGUAUUUGCAGUUUGCUUUCCGUUGGAUGAACAACUUGCUUAUGAGAGAACUUCCUCUACGCUGCACCAUUCGCCUGUGGGACACUUAUCAGGCGGAGCCUGAAGGAUUCUCUCAUUUCCAUUUGUACGUGUGUGCUGCCUUCCUGGUGCGAUGGAGGAAAGAGAUUCUAGAAGAAAGAGAUUUCCAGGGUCUGAUGAUUCUGCUCCAGAAUCUACCUACAAUGCACUGGGGAAAUGAGGAAGUUAGCGUUCUCUUAGCUGAAGCUUACCGGCUGAAGUUUGCCUUUGCCGACGCCCCUAACCAUUAUAAAAGAUGAGGCUUCGCCCAGCACAGUCACUGAAUAUGACAACCCCUACUGACCUCGGAGGCGCCACUGUCCGUUUGAUGAUACUGAAGUGAAACAGUGACAUUUUUUAUGGGGGUGGGAAUGUGUACAGUGGACUUCAACUGUUCCUGGAAUUUUUCCACACUUCUACUAAUAUAAGCACUCCGAACGCCAUGAGUCAACUGGAUGUCAAAAUCAUGCGCUCUUCAAAUACACUAAUUUAAUCUUUGUUUCUUUUUUUUUUUUUUUCUUCUUAAAUUUAAUCACAACCAAUUCCAAGAUUUAGCUUUUUCACGCACUGAAUCUGCAGAAAAGUUCAUUUAGACGGCAGGAUUCCGCAAUACUAGAAUGGGACGGUAGGAUGGAUGCUGGCCCAAAUGAUUCAUGGCAAUAAUCAGACAUUACUGAGAAAACAUGGUUUAUAAACAUUUGCAGUGAGAUCGUUUGGUUUAAACGGCGCCUACAAACUCUUAUUUUAACCAUGGUCUACCUCAGGAAGUGUUGGGUGAUCAUUUUGUUUGUAUGUUAGAACAGUGCCCAUGAGUCAUCGGAAUGGAGUCAAUGAAAUUUGCCUUAUUUUGGCUGAUUGAGUUUUGCGAGGCACAGGUUCAGUCAACAAGGGCAGCUGGGGACGAAAACUGAAGAACUGAUUCAAUUUCUGUUGCUCAUGGCACUGUCGUUUUUCACGUCCCAUUUCGAUAUAGAUAUAAUAAUCUGUACUGACUGUACAAGGCUGUCAUUAAUAGAUGUGUUUGGGGACAUCAGCUUCCGACUCUUGACAUUUUGUCAGUAUUUGAACAGUGCACUGCUUCAAUCAUGUCAUCAGGCUUUUAAAUUUGUGUGCCAGUUCUUACAACUAAAUAGAAGUGAAACUGCACUUGAUAAGUAUAUUUUCAUUCUUUUUGUACAAGAUAUAUUCUAUAAAUCAGCUUUUUUUAAUUAUUUCUUCUUUUUAUAUAUACCGUUUACAUGAGCCUGUUAAGUUGUGCCUAACUAUAGAUAUUGACGACAUCACAGAUAUUUAUUUUACAUUCAUGAUCACUUAGGAUGUGGCAAAGCGGAAUGUUUGCCUUUACAACAUUCACUUCUGCAUAAACGGUGAAUUCAGCAGCUAUACUUGGUAUCUUUAGGCUGUUUGAUGGGCCAUAGAAUUGAAAGAGUUUACUGUAACUGACAUUCAGUGCCUGGACAAAAUGGAGUUCAAGCUACGAGGGGUUGCUGGGAGAUUUUCUGGAUACCAAGCUUCUUGUCUUAGUUUCUUGACUUCAACCUACAGAAAUGUCAGAAUAGAUUUUAAAAGAGGUUUGAAUGAAAUGAUCUUGAAUUAAAUAGCUUUGUACAGAAUUAUCAUGUUUUUCAAAGAUAUGUAAAUAGAAAAAUGUGUAAAUAAAAACUAUAUAUAUAAAUAUAAAUGAU